GAACGUUAUAAAUCGGUUCUACUACUUUUUUCUUUUCUUUCUUUCCUUUUUUAAAUUACCAAACCGGAAUUCUCCUUCACGACCUAAUUUCGUGUUGAAGUGAAAAGCAACCACUUCCGCACAUCAUCUCAUAGUUUUAGUUCAUGUUCGUUCUAGACAAAUUUGUGACGUAAAAUGAUUCCGGUCGCACCAAUAUCCGUCGGGAAUGCUACUAGUUAUUUUCGUUCACAUAAGUCACCUCGUAAACUACAGUUGAAAGAAGUACAUCAAACUGAUGAAGCUGCAAAACUUAAAGUAUUUAAUUCAGAAGGAAUAACUUUAGCUGAAACUACAGAAACAAACAAAAAACAAGAAAAAAUAAUUCAUAAUGAACCACCUCAGGUACCACCAAGGCGAAUUCAAAAACAACCAGUUACUCCGAUAAUUAGACAACCUCCUACCAGACCGCCACCACCUCCACCACCUUCUGUUCCCUCUUCUCCUCAAUCAGAAUUGGAUGAUCAACAAAACUGUGAAGAAUCCGUAAAUAAUUUAUCAUUACAAAAUGGAAAUGUUCACUACACACGAUGUGCAAGUCCAGAUUUACCUCUUCCACCUCCACCAUCAACAGAUACUGAACUGUGUGUACCAGACGAACCACUACCUCCACCACCUGAUUUAAAUGAUGUUGAAAUAUUAGGACGUUCACUAGGACAAAAUAGUUUGUAAGUUUAAAAUCAUUUACUAUAAAUUUUUGCUGCUUUAUAAUAAUGCAGUU